GGCAGCCGGGAGCGGCGGCGGAGACGGAGUCUGACAGACAAUGAGGAGGGCGGCGGGGCGGCCCUGAGUGGCGUUGGCGGCGGCGGAGAGCGACGCGGGACCCGGGGGCGGGGCGGGGCGCCAGCCAUGGACAAUCAGUGCACCGUCCAGGUCAAGUUAGAGUUGGGGCAUCGUGCCCAACUGCGCAAGAAGCCUACCACGGAGGGUUUCACCCACGACUGGAUGGUGUUCGUCCGCGGCCCUGAACAAUGUGAGAUCCAGCACUUUGUGGAGAAGGUGAUCUUCUGGCUGCACGACAGCUUCCCCAAGCCCAGGCGUGUGUGCAAGGAGCCCCCCUACAAAGUGGAGGAGUCGGGUUAUGCUGGCUUCAUCAUGCCCAUCGAGGUGCACUUCAGAAACAAGGAGGAGCCCAGGAAGGUUUGCUUCACCUACGACCUGUUCCUGAACCUGGAGGGCAACCCCCCUGUGAACCACCUGCGCUGUGAGAAGCUCACCUUCAACAACCCCACCACCGAGUUCCGGUACAAGCUCCUGAUGGCUGGCGGGGUGAUGGUAAUGCCCGAAGGAGCAGAAACGGUGUCCAGGCCCAGCCCCGACUACCCCAUGUUACCCACAAUUCCACUCUCUGCCUUCUCUGACCCCAAGAAGACCAAACCGUCCCACGGCUCCAAGGACGCCAACAAGGAAAGCGGCAAGGCCUCCAAGCCGCACAAGGUGGCCAAGGAGCACCGUGAGAGGCCCCGCAAGGACUCGGAGAGCAAGAGCUCCUCCAAGGAGCUCGAUCGCGAGCAGGCCAAGAGCUCCAAGGACGCCGCCCGCAAGCUGGGCGAGGGCCGGCUGCCCAAGGAGGAGAAGGCUGCGCCGCCCAAGGCCGCGUUCAAGGAGCCCAAGAUGGCCCUGAAGGAGACCAAGCUGGAGAGCAUGUCCCCCAAGGGGGCGCCCCAGCCCGCCGCCCUGCCCAAAGCCUCCAGCAAGCGGCCAGCCACCGCGGACUCACCGAAGCCCAGCGCCAAAAAGCAGAAGAAGAGCAGCUCAAAGGGCUCUCGGAGUGCCCCCAGCACCUCACCCCGGGCUGCGUCCUCCUCCUUCCCAGACAAGAAGCCAGCCAAGGACAAGAGCAGCCGGGGGGAGAAGGUGAAGGCAGAAAGUGAGCCGCGGGAGCCCAGGAAGGCGCUGGAAGCAGAGGAGUCCAACUCUGAGGAUGAGGCCUCCUUCAAGUCAGAGUCUGCCCAGUCGAGCCCGUCCAACUCCAGCUCCAGCUCAGACUCCAGCUCUGACUCGGAUUUCGAGCCAUCUCAGAACCACAGCCAAGGGCCCCUGCGCUCCAUGGUGGAGGACCUGCAGUCUGAGGAGUCGGAUGAGGACGACUCUUCAUCUGGAGAGGAGGCCCCCGUCAAGGCCAACCCAGGCCGCGACUCCAGGCUGAGCUUCAGCGACAGCGAGAGCGACAACAGUGCCGACUCCUGCCUGCCCGGCCGCGAGCCCCCUCCCCCCCAGAAGCCACCCCCGCCCAGCAGCAAGGCACCAGGCCGGAGGAGCCCUGAGCCGUGCAGCAAGCCAGAGAAGAUCCUGAAGAAGGGCACCUAUGACAAGGCCUACACAGAUGAGUUGGUGGAGCUGCACCGGAGGCUGAUGGCGCUGCGGGAGCGCAACGUGCUGCAGCAGAUCGUGAACCUGAUUGAGGAGACUGGGCACUUCAAUGUCACCAACACCACCUUUGACUUCGACCUCUUCUCCCUGGACGAGACGACCGUGCGCAAGCUGCAGAGCUACCUGGAGGCUGUGGCCACAUGACCCUGGGCCGGAUGCCAGGCCCUGCCACCCGGGUCCCAAGAGGCCGCGUUCAGGCCCCACCUGCCUUCCUCUCCACUCACCUGCCUGCAGCACUGCCUUAGAGACCGCCGCCGCCGCCCUUGGCCCUCAUGGCCAGCUGCACUUUCUGGGGUGGCUCCCUUCCGACUGGCCCCCCACCCACCAGGAGACCAGGGGCCCCAGGGCCAGGCAGCCCGGGCCUGGGCCGUGGCUCAGCUGCGCGCACCAUCGCCCGGCCCCCCCUAAAAGGCGGUUUGUGUUGAAGGCAGCGUUGGGCCUGGUUCUGGGGAGGGGAACUCGCCCCGCCUUGGGCCCAGCCCCCAGGCUCUCCCUUCUCCCAUGCCAGGCUGUGUGGUGCCAUGUCACUGCCUGGGCCUCCCUCAGCAACCAGGGCAUCCCGCCACCCUGAACGGUUCGCGUGAGCCCCUCGGCUGCCUGCCCACCUGCCAGGGGACUCCAGGGGGCUUCGUCUGUGCGGCCCGGCAGCCCCUCCCUCCGUGCCAGCCACGGUGCGCGCCGGGCCUCCCGCUGUACAGCUCUGUGUAGAUUAUUAUAUGUGUGUGCCCGGGUCACGAGCGGUUCCCUGUGCGUUUCUGUGGCCGGUGCACGUGGGGGUGGGGGGCGUGGGCUUGUAGGUUAACGUGUCUGAGUCUGUGUGCGAGGCGCCCGCCAGGGCCACAGGAGCUGCCCCCGCGGCGCCCUCCCCCUCAGCAUCCUCUUCCUCCCCUUUUGUUGAUCAAGUCUUCAAACUUGGAGAAAAAAAAAAUGAGCUUUUGCCAAAUAAGAUGGGAUCAUCCGUGUCCGAGGAGGCGGGGAGGCCGCAGAGCACCGCGUGCCCGCGUGGCGGGGCCCCGCCACAGCCACGGGCCCCCACAGCCUCCCCUCUGGCCUGGGCCUCCACCUCCACUGCUGCGGUCCUCACUGGCCUCCCAGAGACUUAGCUCCCGUUCACCCCAGACUGUCCAGGGCCAAGCCCCCCCACCUUCCAGGGCACUGAGCCCUUACGCCGUUAGCACCCUGGGGUCUCCCGGGGCCCCAACUUCAAGGCUCCUCAGCCCCUCCUGACUUCAGAGUCGUCUCAAGCAUUCACGCUCUGUCCACGGUGUUCGAAAGAGGACCGGGGACCCAAGGGGACCCCACGCUGCUCCGGGACAGAUUGCUCUCCACGAUGAGUGUAGGUAAGGAGGCCCCGCCCUGCCCUGCUGCCCACGGGCCCCCGAGCGCUCCUGGGGGACUUCGGCCUCCAAGGCUCCCCCAGGGCCCCCCCAAGCCCACUGCCUCAGCGCCAGCACCCCGGCCCCGGGCAGGCCAACAAUACUCCAAAGCUGGCACUCUCCAGAAACUCCAAGAUACUGGACGAAAGAACUCGGCAACAUGGCAGCUGUGACUCCGAGGCCGGGGCACCAGUGGGGCCUGGGGCCGUAGAGCUGGUCUUCCUCUAACUUGGGAUGGCCGGGGUCUGCAGGGCAGCCCGGCUGCGCCAGCCCACCCCCCACCCCACUCCACCCGCCCGGCCUCCGGAAGCUCCAAGUCUUCUCCGUUACCUCCACCGCCCUCCAGCGCCCAGCGGGGACUGCCAGGGGCCCU